UGCAACCCUAGCUUCUCGAUGCUCUCCACCACCACUGCCGCCGACUCUCCCCUCCUCCUUUCUUCUAUCUAAUUCUAACCCCACAUCUCCCGAUAUCCUUCACCAAUGGCGGCCACAACCUCCAACCUCUUACUAUGUCUAUUCCUCUCCCUCGCCAUUUCCCUCGCCCACGCCUCCAACCCCGACCUCGACUUGUACAUAACGGUGCCGAGCUUCUUCCGGUGUCCGAUUUCGCUCGACGUGAUGAAAUCCCCCGUCAGCCUCUCCACCGGCGUCACCUACGACCGCUCCAGCAUCCAGCGCUGGCUCGACUCCGGCAACAACACCUGCCCGGCGAUGAUGCAGGUCCUCGACACCAAGGAGUUCGUCCCCAACGCCAACCUCCACCGCCUCAUCCAGACCUGGUCCAGCCAAAACCGCCACAAUCCGCUCGACGACUCCUCGGCCUCCUCUGCCGAGUCGGCAUCGCCGCUCUCGCUGGACAAAAUCCAGAUCGUCGUCAAGGAAAUCGGAGGCGAGGAGAAGGAGUCCGGAAGAAAUUGCUCCUUCGACGACCUGUCGAAAAUCGCGUCUUUUGCCGAGGAAUCCAGCGAGAAUCGGAGGUUCCUGGCGAAGAUGGACGGAUUCGUCACAAUGCUCGCUGCUCUGAUUCAUUCGGAUGACAAGGAUCUUUCCCCGCCGGUGGUGGAGCUUGCGGUUAGGGUUUUGGAUUCGGUGUCGACCGAAUUUGGGGAUUUUCACGAGCUGAAAAGAUUGUUACUGAUUCCAAAGGAGAAAUCCCCCAAUCCGCUGCCGCCGUCGCUCGUCCGUGUCAUGAAACAGGGGAGCCGGCCAGAAUCGCGAAUCGCAACGGUGCGGAUCAUCCAAUCAAUCGCCAUCGACGCCGAAUCGAAGCUUGUUGUGGCGGAAAGUGACAGAUUACUGCUCCACCUAGUCAAUUCCAUCGCUCCACGGACCGAUCUGCCUCUCAUCGACGCCGUCCUCUCCGCUGGUCAAGUCAGCUUUUUGUUUUUCAAUUGCAGGGUAGAUCUAUGUUUGACUUGAGUUCUCGCUUCAAUUUUUCUCCAUUUCUGGAUUCUGAAUUGGCCACCGUCGUCGUGGCAAUGCGAAUCGAGACGGUGGUGCUACCGCUGGAGAGGUGGUUGGGAGAGGAGAGGGAAAGGAGGAGGAAGAGGAAGCGAAGAGAGAGAUGAUUGGAGGAGGAGAGGGAAAGGGAUUUGGGCAGAAGAUGUUGCGGGGGAGGAGAGAUAGAAUUUUUUUUUUAUAAUUUCAAAAUUAAUUAUUCAAAAUGACAUGGGAAUGAUUUGAUGAUUGGUCGCUGACGUGUCCAAUGAUUUGGCAUCCUAGUCAGCCUAACGUUAAUCUAACUGACGGAGUUUCUAACACCGUUAAAGUUUCUAACAGAUUUGGCUAGAUUUGUCAAACUACCUUUAGUUUUUUGGGCUAUUUUUGGUUUUCGAAUAGUUAUGGCUAUAUUUGUCACAAACGUGAAAGUUAUGGCUAUACAAGUGUAUUUUGCCUUUUUUUUAUAAGAGACUAUACUGUUAGUUACAUUUACAACUUAUCUUUUUUUUUUUCCCACUAAUUUCCUGCAAUCAAUAUUUAUGCUGGAUUAUAAUACUGUUAGUUACAUUUACAACUUAUCUGUUUUUUCCCACUAAUUUCCUUCCUGCAAUCAAUACCCACCUGUUGUUUACAUUUAUAGAUUUAUGCUGGACUGUAAGGGUUCAAUAUCAAACCAAACAAAAGCCAACAACACAUUGAUGCCCACGCCUGGGCUAUAUGGAUGACAACAAAUCGGUAUUGGAUAGUGCAUAUUUAUUAUAAUACUUUAAAUAAUUUGGAUGUACUUACAUUCAUACUCAUAUAAGAAUCGGAUUUCAAAUUAAACUCAUAUUCGUGUUGGAUUGGGUUCUGGGUGUCCACCGCUACUCAUGGUAACAAUUUCUCUUUAUAAGUUGAACCAACAUGUUAAGGAGAUUUGGGGUUGGAUCGAAAAUUUGAGAGCAACCUUCUGACGAUAAGACGUGAAAAACAUGCUAGUUGGGAAGCAUCCCAAUAUUGGUUCGGUUUCUUUUCCCUUAACUUUCAAUAACGAACUUGCCUGCUUGUACAUUGUUCUAAGGAGUGUUUAAAACUUGAGUAAUAGUGAAUGAAUCCUUGUGUUGGUUGAGAAUGAGCUUGAAUGGAUGUUGGUGAAGUGAUGAAUGGUGAAAGGAUUAGGUUUUAUUUGUGAUGAAUGAGUGUAUUUCGUUUGGAGGCAUUGUUAGGCAUUUAUUGUGUGCAUUUUAAUGCUUCCAGUGUCGCCCAUCAAGGCUUGAUGAAAUUCCCAAAUUUCAUGAGUUGUGUUGUUUAUGAUUCGAUGAAUCACAAUUGAACUUCAAUGCUAUUGGUAAACCCCUAUAUUUUAUGAUUCGAUGAAUCACAAUUGAACUUCAAUUGAGUUUAUGUUUUAUGGGUGUGAAAUUUUCUUUUAGUUCUUCAUCUUAUGGAUUUUUUCUCAAGGAUCGAUCACACCCACCCAACCCAAAUUUCCCACAAUCAACUCGACAUCAUCAUUUGGUAGCAUCGUCCCUCUAUCCAUCACUUGUGCUCACGUUGAGGACAAUGUUAUCCUUAACUGUGUGUGUCUGCAAGGGGUUGUGCAUGAAUGCUUGUGUAAAAUCUAUAUUGUUUAUUCUGUUUUCUAGUGUUAUGAAUGAUUGGGUGAGAGACCUGCCUUUUUGAGUGAUUGUGGAAAAUGUUUUAACAUAAUUCGACCAUUAGGAGUCUUGUAUGUAUGUCCAAUUUUUUUCAAAUUUGAGUGCUCCAAAUUGGCUCACUUGCUUACAAUACAAUUACUUGCUUUGA